GACACGUCGUAGGUCAAAGAAAAUACAAUCCUAUAUAUCCGGUUAGGUCUGUUGUUUAUAUACAGAUAUAGCAGGUUGCGUACAGUAUUUGCUUAUAGGUCAGUACGUUGCGCUGCACCACUGGCAUUUACUUCCAUUUCCAAGUAAGUUCUGAAUAAACUCUGCUUUUUCGAAUGUGGGUAUAAGAAGACUCACUAGGUUCUUCAGUCUGCAAGUCUAUCAUCGAAAGAGCCAGCAGAAUUUUUAAUGCUUCACAUCAACAAAUCGAAAUCGCCUGCCUUGUCCUCCACCAUGUGUACUAGGAGGCACAAAGGAAUGCUACAGACAACCAUCAUUCUUGUUUUGAUCGUCUGUAUUGGAUAUGGAUUUUAUCUCUAUAAUCUUCUUCAAGUGCAAGUAAAAUAUCUGGAUACCAAGGUCCUUCAGCAUCAAACACAACGCAAGUCUUUGUCAUCUCAAUUGCAAGCGGUAUAUGAAGAUCGUGCAAGAUUAGAGAAGUCUGUGCAGAAAUCAAAAACAGACCUGCAGAAAAUCAAAGAUGAUAAAGAAACAAUUAUCCAACAGAUGUUGAUUGAACAUCAAGACAAGAAUGAAGCACUGAAUAAUGAAAAUAAAAAAUUAAUGAAAAUAAAUAAGGAUUUAUUUUCGGAAAAAAGCGCAAUUGAGUCAAAGCAUGAUAAAAUUUAUAGAGAUCAUGAAGAACUGAAAAAGAAGCAUCAGGAGCAUUUGAGAAGUCAUUCAUUAGAAGUAAAUGAUGCUCAUGCCGAAGUUCAGGUAUAUCAAAAAGAAAAUGAAAAUAUGAGAAAUAUAAAAGAAAGCUUGGAAAUGCAAGUGGAAGAAGCUAAAGAAAAACUUCGUAAAGUACUGAAUGAAAAAGAAAGUAUAAUAAGUGCAGCUCAGAACACAGAAGAAUAUCUCAAUGAAAAAAACAAUGAAAUUAGUAAUCUGAAAUUACAAAUCGACCAACAUGUGAAGGAUAAAGAUAUUGUGAUGAAACAAUCACAAGUUUUGAAGCAACAAUAUGAAGAAAUUAAACAAGCAUUAAAUGCAGUACCAGCAGAUGCAAUUAACUUCAAUCAUCCUGUACUUCAGAGUCUCGCAUCUGAAAAGAAGCAAAUUUUAAACGUUCAUCUUGGGGAAGCUAGAGGUGGAGCACAAUUCCAACAACAAGUUCAACAAAAUCAACUUGUUCAAGAACAACAACAACAACAACAACAAGACAGGCUUCGACAAAUUGAAGAGGAACGAAGGCAGCGAAUUCUUGAGGCACAAAAUCAUCAGCAGGUUGAACCGCAGGGUGUUGGUGGAGAUCAAAAUCAAGGCCAGAACAUUCCUGUUAAAGAACAUGUGAUUGCGCAAACACAACAAAAAUAUGGUAAAAAUGUUAUUGAUAUUUGUGCUCUGACUGUCGAUCCUGGCCCAUGUCAUGACGGCAAAAUUCGUUUCGGUUAUUAUGACGGCCUUCAAGCCUGCCGUGGAUUUAUGUGGGGAGGCUGUGGUGGAAAUCAAAAUAAUUUUGAGUCCAUGGAAGAAUGUGCAGCAGUUUGCAAUGAUCCAAAGAGAAGAUAUAUUGAAAAAGAAUUGACAGAAGAACAGCAAGUUGUAGCAAUGCAGAAAGCUGGAAUGUUAGAUCAAGUUGCUGCUGAUAAUAAUGACAAAAAUGUCAAACAACCUGAUAAUAAUGACCAGGAUGAUGAAGAACAGAGAUUGACUCAAGAAGAGGAGUUACGAGCAAGACAACAAGAAGAGGAGGCUCGGAAAGAGCUUCAGAAACAGAGUGACAUGAAUCCUAAUUUUGAAGAAGAUGGAAGACAUGACGCUGAUCCUUUAGAAGAAUUGAAAGAAAAUUCAAAGAGGCAAUAUGAAGUUGCAAAGAAUCAACAGGCUGAUAUGGAGAAAUUAGUUGAACAACAGCAACAAAGAGAUCAGCAAGCAUUGCCACCUCAGCCCCAAGAAAAUGAUCAGAUUGAAGCAAAGAUAGAAGAUGAUGAAGAACAUCCAGGAAAUGAAGAGGAAGAAGAAGAAGAAGAUGAGGAGGAGAAUCCUCAGAACGAUGAUGAUAAUGGAGAAGUUUAUUACAGAAACGAUAAUAAUGCUGCACACGAAGAAGAGGAAGAUGAAGGAAUCAAUGUGGAUCAUCCAGGAGAAGACCCAGAUGACGGAGUAGAAAAAAAUGAAGAUGACGACAAUGUACAAGUUGAUCUUCCACCUGCUGCUAGGGUGGCUGGUGACAAUCCUGAAGCAGUAAUGAAUGCUCCACCUCCUAAUCAAGAUGGCAUUGAUUCCAAGGAUAUCAAUGGACAAGAUAUUUAUGAACAAGAUGAGCAAGAAGAACAAGAUGGAAAGGAAGAGGAAAAUGAGAAAGAAGAUGCAAUAGAAUACAGAGAAGAUAAUCAGCAGGAGGAGAAGGGUGGGGAAGAUGAAAAUGGAGAAGAUGUAGAAGAAGAUUAUGGUGAUGAACCUGGUCGAGAAGAUGACAAUAGAAACAACGAUUCUCCCAAACAGGAGGAUGAUAAUAAUUAUGACAAUUACGAAAAUGAAGAAAAUGAUCCACAAGAAGAAAAAAAGAGGAGAGUACGACUUUGGGAACGAGAGCAGAAUGACAAAGUUUUUGAAUCACAUAAAGGCAUACAAGAUAUGAUACCAAAAAAUGCAAAACAUAUAAAAGAAAUGUAGCGAAAAAAAAUUUAAAACAAAUUAUGAUGAAUUUUUAUCCUUGCUUCCAUUAUAUAUAAGCGCCUUUAUUAUUAUACUUUAGUACACAUUGAUUACAGUGGAAAAUAUUUUCUGUGCCAUACACCAGUGGUUCCCAACCUUUCUACCCUGGCGGACCGGUAAAAUUAAAUUAAAUGUACUCGCGGACCGGCGAAAAAUUGAAAUGACCGGAACAUAAAAGAAUA